AGAGGCGGGCCGCGGUUUGCGCCCCAAUGCUAGCGCGAUUUUCACCGCGCUUCCACGCGAAUCGUUACGCGGACGCGGCGCGUAUUCGUACAUAUUCGCAACCCUGAGUUCAAUUUGGAAACAGACGUUCUGAUAUUUAAUUCAUUUUCGCUGUGCUCUGUGACUGUUGUGGUCAAAUAAAUGACUAGGACGUGAGCAGUGUAAUUUGAUUAGAAUGCACCGCGCGGACAGAUGUAAAUUGCUCGAUCAAAUAUAACGGAUGACUGCGAGUUUCGUAGUUCAUUGAUAACUAGGUCGGAAUGGUUCAUCAAAGAGCGUUAUAGGGUUGGGGGUAACAUCGCUUAUGACUGAAAUGUCAUCGAGCAGAUGAAAUGAAGACGUCGCUCGAAUGCGAGCGCGCCGAGACCGCCGACAGCGGCGGCAAAGGCCGGAUAUCGUUUAGCGUGGACUCUUUGCUGAGAGGGAAAGCUGAUACUCCUGUGAAAGAAGCGAGUAUACCUGAUGCCAAUAGCAAUGACGCGGAGAGUACGGACGCGGCGCCCGAGACCGAUGAUAGUGAUGUCGAUAUUGAAGAUGUCGAGUCGAACGUGGGAGAUGAGAGAGACGAGCGAGAUGAGAGGGAGAUGGGGAACGAUGGAGACGAGCUGGAGAGCCGCAGCGGAGUGGUGGUGCCACAGCCGCUGCUGCCGCGGCUGUACCAGGGCCCGGCGCCCCCCUCCUGGCCAUUUGGAGCCUUCCCCUGGAUGGCACCGAACCCCAUGUUUAGGGGAGGUUCGCCAAACGCAGGUCCCCCGACUGGUCCGCCAGUGGUGCGCUGCCAACUGCGCAAACACAAGCCCAACCGCAAGCCCCGGACCCCCUUCACCACGCAGCAGCUUCUGGCCUUGGAGAAGAAGUUCAGAGACAAACAAUACCUGAGCAUCGCUGAAAGAGCUGAGUUCUCGUCUUCGUUGAGGCUGACAGAGACUCAGGUCAAGAUUUGGUUCCAAAACCGGCGAGCGAAGGCGAAACGUCUCCAGGAAGCUGAGAUUGAAAAACUUCGUCUGUCCGCGCGACCGCUGCUCCCGCCGUCGUUCGCUCUGUUCGGCGGGGGAGGGGCACCCCCCCUCUUCGCAGCUAUGGCCGCAGCCACCAGGCCGCAGCUCAGCUUCCUCGGUGGCCCCCCCAGCCACCAACAUGCCAUCAACAUGAAUAUACUGAACUCCCUACAACCACAUUGACGGUUGGAGCACGCGGGAACGCGUGACAACGAACAGCCGCCAUCUUCGUGAAGUGUUCUCAAUUCAAAGUUUGUGAUUCGAAAAGCGGAAAAGACUUGUAAAUUGUGCUAAGUGCUGGCAAUUUUAUAAAAAAGUGAACAUUUGAAUUACGAAAGAAGAAUGAAUGGAUAUUAUUGGAAAAUGGAACAAUCAAGCAGUUUUAGUUACGGUCAAGUUCAAAUGAAUGUGUUAUGGAAACUGUAAAAAAUAAUUUUAGUUAAUGUAAUAUAAUAAUUAAAUUAGUCAAAUAAGUGAAAUGUAGGAAAAUGUUAUUAAUUACAUACACGUUUCUUUUAAAAAAAUCAAAACUAUAAGUGCAAUUUUCUUGAUGUAACUAUGUAAUUAGAAAGUAGAUAUAUUUCACCCAAAAAUUAUACAAUAUAAUACUUUCAUAUCACCCACAUGGAAAUACUUAUAUGUUUCAAGAAUAUUUACUUAUUGUUACAAAAUUAGUUACAGUUCAACCUCAUUUCAAGUGAAAUGAUGAAAAAAUUAAUCAAUUGUUGUCCACUGUAUUAUAUAUAUAUUAUACAUCACAAAAUUCGAAUAAAACUAUUGUGUAAUGUAACGAUUGAGUUUAUACGAAACCGAACUCCAUACAAUUGGUUGUAGCAUUAGAGCACGUAACAUUAUUACGUUAAAAUAGUUUUCAUUUUAUUUGAAAAAAAAAAUGUUGCUUACGAUACUAUUCUUGAUUAAGGCUCUCUUUUUAUCGUGUGAAAAAAACCCCGUACUUAGACUGUAAUUAAAUAAAAAGCCAUCAAAGCCUUAAUGUUACGCAAAUUGCCUGAAUACAAAAUGCAUAAAUAUUAUAAUAAUAUAACUCAUAAUGUACACCAUGAAAAUAUACUUACUUACAGGAGUAAAUACAUCUGGGAUCUAUACAGAAAAAUGCCUAAAAAUAGCCCAGGGGCCCUAAAAUUCCUGCAGGAUCGAAACUACGGGUCACAGAGAGUAAACAGGCCAUAGCCAAUUUAAUUUCCACUACAAAGGUGUAAAUAUUUGUUAGUAUUUAGCUAAAUUAUUGUAUACGUAAGAUUAAGAUAGGAAGUCUAAACUAUUAGAUUUUUUAAUUCAAAUUUAAUUGAGCAACUGAGAAUCGAUUUUCCCGUUUGGACCUCCAAAAUUCGACCUCUAUUAUUUGGUGCCCAUUUGAGCUCCAAUCAAAAACCUGGUGCUCACUGGAUCCUCAUUAUUUGACCUCAUCAACUCUGUACCAGUAGUGCACAGAGUUGAUGAGGUCAAAUAAUUUUGUUUCCAUUGGACCUCACAGAAUCUUUUUCAAUACCUUCAAGGCAACAAUUUUCUACACGAUUAUAUUUUUUAGAAAUGUGAGAGUAAGGUACCACUAAACAAAGCAAUAUAUACUAACUAUUAAUCUUGAGUAUCCAGUGCGAACUAGAUAAAUUCCAAAAAUAGGUCCAAUAGGCCCUUAAAAAUGUAGGGUGGUCGAAUGGGCUGGGCAAUUUUUUAGGGUGGAGUCUUGAGGAUCCAGUGGGCAAUAGACCGAAUUUGCCGAUUCAUGUCAUUUAGACUAAAUAUUACAUUUUUUAUUUCUAUUUGUUUCACCGAGUUUAUUGUAAAUAUGCUUUAUUUGCUAUCAUAGCUCUGAUAAAUCAAUAUUUGGUAUGUUUUGGACAUUAUACUUAGAAAGAUGUUCACACAAUAUUAAAAUAAGGUAACUCAACGCAUUUGUAAAUUAUUAAUUAAAUUAUAAAUUCGUUAUUAGUACAA